GUGAUCAUGAAUCAGGCAGAUAAAAAUCAAGAAAUCCCAUCUUACCUUAGUGAUGAACCACCGGAAGGGUCAAUGAAAGAUCAUCCACAGCAGCAGCCAGGCAUGUUGUCUCGUGUGACUGGAGGUAUCUUCAGUGUUACAAAGGGAGCUGUUGGCGCCACCAUUGGUGGUGUGGCUUGGAUUGGUGGGAAGAGUCUGGAGGUGACCAAAACAGCUGUUACAACUGUGCCUUCCAUGGGAAUAGGGCUGGUGAAAGGAGGAGUGUCUGCUGUGGCUGGGGGAGUGACAGCUGUUGGUUCUGCUGUUGUAAACAAAGUGCCCUUAUCAGGAAAGAAGAAAGACAAGUCUGACUAAGAGACGAAGCACACUUGUACACUUGCACACUUGCUCUCCACGGCAUACGAUUCCAGUGGCAUUGAACUGCUCAAUUACAGACUACAGCCAAGUCAACCGCUAAACUGCUGUGUUGAAAGUAUUGAUGGCUGGCUUCAUCUAAAACAAGAAGAGACCAAUACUAUCCCAGUGUAUGGAGGCUUCUCAUACUUAAGUUCAGCUUUUUAUCUGGUAAAAUGUUACACUUACUCAGUUGUAACUGAAGAAAUGGUCUGUUUAAAUAUUUGCUCUAAGUCUUUCAGUUUGACUAAAAAUGUGAAAGUUCAACUAAGUAGAUGACUUUACAGUUCCAUGUGUACAGUGUGCCAGGUGACUCAUGACCCUUACAAAGGGACUCCUGAACUACAUAAACUGUACCUUUGAUGUGCCUAAUAGUUUCAGGUGUCUUAGUUUUUUAUAACUGUAGUGGUUUAGGCCAAGAGGCAUUCUUAUUUAAGCUGGCAGAAAAGUAGCAGGAAUUCAAAAGUUUAAAUACUGUUAAUUGUUUUUUGUUAGAUAAAAUUUCUGUUUGUUUAAUCAUUGAUGCCUUACAAAAGAAAACAUCUUUUCUAAUACCUUAAAUUUGUGCAGUUCUUAUGAUUAUCAGUGAAUUCUUUUAAAGGUUGUAAAACUAGUUUUCCCUCUUAAGAAUCUCAGGAGUAUUGAGGUAAAGGUGUUUCCUGGUGUCAGUGGGUAAGAUAGUGCUUGUUAGUUGUUGACAGUAGUUCUCAUCAAACAUAUGCUUUAGUUGGGUUCAUGGCCCCAUCAUUAAUACACCCCACAGUGCCUAUGGAACAUUUCUUAGUUGAUCAAAAGCUGUGUGGGAAUAGUUUUAGAUUAAGGAGGAACAAGCAUUAGUUUUUAAGUUCUUACAAUUAUCUGAAGCAUCUAAGAUAAUCCUUCAUGCAUAUUCUGUCUUUAGGAUGUCUUAAAUUACCAGUAACAAUUCCUUUAAAAAUAUAAUAAAAGCAACCACAAAUAAAUGAAGAUUGACUCUUCAGAUGAAUGAGAUGGGCUCCAUUGGCUUUGAAUAAAAAAAAUACAUAAAUGCUUUCAAUGACUUACAUAGGUUCUUUUUUUUUUUUUUUUUUUUUUUUUUUUUUUUUUUUUUUGCUUGUUUUUGUUUUAGUUUUUAAGAUGGGAUUGAUCUCCUGUAGCCUAGGCUGGUCUUGAACUGGAUAUGUAGCUGAGGAAAACCUGGAGCUCCCCAUCCUUUUGCCUUCACUUCCCAAGUGCUGGGAUUACAGGCAUGCAUGAGACACCAUGCCUGGGUUAUGUGAUGCUGGGAUAGAACCCAGGGCUGCAUGCAUGCUAGGCAAGGGUUGUAACAGAUGAGCUGCAUCUGCAGUCAAAUUUAUUGAUGCUUUUAAGAUAUGUUCUCUUUUAACCCUUUAAAGCAGAUGUAGACAUACCAUUUUUCAAGCCAGAUUCAGGUAGGGAGUUGACUUUUUUUUUUUUAAAUAAUGAAUGGUAAAUGUGUUGUCCUAAUGUGUCGUCAUAGCGCAUUCAUUCUCAUAGAAUAUAACUCAAAAGUCCAUUUCUUUUUGUUUCAGUGUUCAGUUUCUUGGAAAUUUAAUAAUUGAAAUAUAUAUUUGGCAUUUAUUUUAUAAUCUAAGCCUGGGGGGGAUCUUAAUUUUCUUUAUGCCUAAAACUAGAAAUGUGUCUCCACUCUGCCCCUUCUGACUCCCUGGAGAGAGGGUGGGAGUGGGCCGUGAUACAGAUAUGUCAGAGUGUUGUGUCCCUGAGAAGGUGACACAGUCACCCUGACAUGUAGAUUAGAUGUUUGUAACUCUUAAGAGUAUUCUAUCAGUAGUGUGGAUCAACAACUGCAUAAAAAUAUACAUUUCCAAAGCAUUCACAAAUAACAGCAGGACUUCCAAACAAAUCUGUAAAUGUUUCUGGACCUUUAUGCUUGCUUACACUAAACUUAAAAUCAUUGAGUCAAAUUCAGAAGGAAUUAAAAGGCCAUUUAGUUCAUGUGACAUAAUUUAAGAGACAUUUGUUGGUAUAUCUGGUGAAAUGUCUUAACAAAUGGUAUUUUUUUUUAAUUCCAAAAUUAAAUAGACCCAUUCGUAGUGAUCUGAAUAAUGGUAUUGGAGAACUUGAUUCCUGCUAUUUAGAAAUGAUUGAUUCAUUGCUAGUUUGUAUUUCUAACUUACAGGCUGUGCUUUGUACUUGAAUUCGUCUCAGUGUAGACUUAGCUUAUAUGUGCUCGCAUAUUUAUUUUCAACUUUGCUUGUCUUUAAAAUCACUUGAGGAAAUGACUAUAAUUAAUUUCUGCUACAGAAAAGCCACCUGGUAAAUUUUCUCAAUUGUCUUAAACACUAAAGUACAAUUUUGUUCAGAGGGGCUUUUUCAACAAUAUCAGAGAACUGUACAGAUAUACAGUUAGCUGUAGUUCUAACUGAAGCGAACUUGCCAUUUGAUGAUGUAUACAGCUAUAUACUUGAGUCUCUUCCAAUUUAUUUUUGUAGUCUAGCAGUUUGACCUGUUAAACAGGACUAGUUCACUUCAGAAACUAUGGUUGUUGUAUACACCUGGAAGCAUCUGUUAUUCAGCUCCUCUUUUGAGUGGGUUUUGGCACCAUGAAGAUAAAUUUGCGUGAUCCACUUGAAUAACUGAUUUAAUAAUGUUGACAUAUGAAUACUGUAUUUAGUGAAAUGUCAGAUGAAAAUAGACAAUUGAAUAAUGUGGGUUUUUUUGUAUUAAAGGGAUGGGAAAGAACACACAAAUCUGAUAAUAAAGGACUGUGAUCUGCAAAGAUGGAAUGUUUCAUAAAGAUCUACAGAAAUAAAGGCAAUUUGUAAACAGGA